CCAGGCUGCCCACAAAAACCGGCGUGAUCGCCCGGUGUGCAACAAGCCGAUAAUGAGGGGCACUCGAGAGACAUCGAGUGUCUGUUUCAGUGUUGCACAAGCCUGGCUGGUUAAUCCACAGAUCAAGCGCUCCAACUGUCAGAACUUCUACUAUUUAUACAUUUUAGCAAACAAAGUGAUUAGUGUUCUUUAGGUGUCCUUGUGGCCCCUGAAUUCUGCAUUCGUGGUGUGCACUGUGGGGCAUCCACUCUGUCCGCAGUGGCACAUCCUUCUUCCCCAGCUUUGUUCCCUGGGUCUGAGAACACUGAAGCCUGUCCAGCCCUAAACCUUAACAAGACAAUUUACCAAAAAAUAAUUUUUGGUAGAACACCUGGACAUCACCUAGAGCUUGUUGGGUGCUCUCUGUUUCAUUACUUAAAUCUCCCCUCUUGAUGAUUAGGCUUGAAAGUAGAUAAAGAUCAAAACACCAAAGGAUAUUCUUUCUUAAGAAAAUUUUUACAUAUUUCACAUCUUGCAACAGUUGGGCUAGAUGAUUUUAAGGAGUGUGUUACCAUGGAUCUUGCCUUGCCUUUGCUGAAUGAAAGUUCAGCCUGAGCGUUCCAUUUAGUUUCAGUCACUGCUUCCAUUGUAUUAUAAUUGAUUGUUUCAGUAAACAUGGGUCGAACAUGGGAUUGUAUGCAAAAUUUGGAGUGUUGUAAGGGAGCUUGCAGACUUGCUUGACAGCAUUCUGAUAUAUUUUUUGAUGUGUGGAAAUUGAACUAACUUUUACACUACAUCAAAAGCCACACAGCAGGUCUGAUGGCCUAUGUCCCACAGAGCAUUUCAGAGCACAGACCAACUUGUUUGGCAUCCUCUCUCUGGGUUCCUACGCUCACAGGGGUGCGUAGUUUCACGUGGGGAAACCAUUGAUGUGUGAACUUCAGUUGUUUGCAUAUCUUAUUCCUGCACUUAGAAACUGUGAGGGGUGGUGGUGCAUGUUGCAUGUUAAGAGGCAAUGUAGCUGCUUAGUGAGCAAUCUGACUUUAAAAGCACUGGAGCACGGGGUGAAAAUAAGCUUGGAAGUAUUUAUCUCUGUUUAAAAGUAUUCUUACUUGGUGACAAGAUGACAUGAUGAUUUUAUCACCUUACCUAUAUAUAAGUUGUUCCGAGGUAGCCAAACCCCAGGAAACAUAUAUUAAAAAAUCAAACAUCCAGUGCCUUAGAACUAGUAACAGAAACUGGAGGAAAUAAAUUUGUCUGUAUUGCAGGACCUGGGUGUGAACUAUAGGUCCCACCUAGUUUGUAUAUGAAACAAUUCUGAGCAAAUACUUGGGGAAAAAAAGAUUGUGCUAUACCUCCCAUCUGACAACUUGGCAGCGCACUGCUGUGGUGAUAUUUAAACAUAGCUGGGCUGAAAUAAUCUUGUCAGAGGAGUCCUGGCUACACCAGCAGCUGAAGAGCAUUAUUUUGAUACUGGGAAGACAGAAUAAUUGCAAUAAUGUGAAGAAAUGUAAGGGUGGUCAGGUCCUUCCUGACAGGCUCUAUGCCCACGCAUGGAUUUCACUGAGGUAGUUUAUUAGAAGUCUGAGCUACUGAAAUUUUAGGACGUCCAGCAGGUGCAUCCUUUAAGUGUGUGUGUGCGCACAAAUAAUACGGGGAAUUUCUAGCUGAUGAGACUCUUGUUUUUUCAAUACCAAAAUCAAACUGUGCUGCUGCUGUUUCAAGGGUUUCCCUUUCCAUGGGAUCUUAUAAGGGGUUAAAUAGCUUCAUACAAAUAUGACAUUAUAUUUAUGCUUAAACAGAAAUUACAUUUUGUGUAGAAUGUUAAUAACCAAAGAAACUUUUACUACAGUUUCUGGAAUUUGUUCCACUUUCUAUUGUGAUUUACUGUAACAAUACAUACACAUAGUACAGGAUUAUUGUUUUAUCAGCUCUCUUUGCUUCCAAACUCCAGGAGUGAUGUGUAGAAUAUCUGGUGUUGACAGUACAUUGCCCAACACUUCUCUGUGAUUAUUAGAUUUGUUGAGGGAUGUGUGAAAACAGUAUAAAAAUGAGGAGCAAUCAUCUGAGCAAGAAGAGCCAUUCACUUACAAAGCACAAGGAAAGCUUAGGAACUCUCUCUUGCUGGAAAUGACUUAGAUACGUACCAAUACCACUUGCUGGAACUUCAGCAAAGACUGUUGUAUGCUGACAAGGAAAAUAAAAAAAGAUCACACGAACUGAGCAGUGCCCUAGAUGAAAUUAAACAUAUAAUUGCAAGAAGAAUGAACAUGACAGGAAACCAAACAGGUGAUUUCAAGUGGAAAGAGUUAAACCUCCCCAGAAAACUCCCCAUGCAUCUUACAAAUAUCUACUACUAUCUCCCUCACCUUCGAAAAUAUGAAGAUGCAAUUUUCCCAAAUGUUAUUUUUGGGCAACAGAGAACUGGAGUCUCCCUGGUGAUGGGUAUUCCUACAGUGAAAAGGGAAAAACAAAAUUACCUGAUUGAUACAUUGCAUUCCCUACUGUACCAACUAUCUGAAGAGCAAAAGAAGGACUGCAUAAUAAUCAUCUUUAUAGCAGAGGUGGAUGCAGAGUAUGUUAAGAGUGUUGCAGAAAGCGUUAAAGCCAGCUUCCCCAGAGAAAUCCAGUCUGGAGUACUAGAGGUUAUUUCUCCUCCUGCUUCCUAUUACCCAGAUCUUUCCAACCUGAAGACAACACUUGGAGAUUCUGAGGACCGAAUAAGGUGGAGAACUAAACAGAAUUUGGAUUAUAGCUUUUUAAUGCUAUAUGCUCAACCUAAGGGGACAUUUUAUUUACAGCUGGAAGAUGAUAUUAUAGCCAAACCUGAUUUUAUUGAAAGUAUAAAAAUGUUUGCUGCUCAACAGUCCCAAGAUUGGAUGGUUCUCGAGUUCUCACAACUUGGAUUCAUUGGAAAAUUGUUUAAAUCAGAAGACUUACCACUCAUAGUGGAUUUUUUCCUCAUGUUCUAUAAGGAUAAGCCUAUAGACUGGCUUAUAGACCACCUGCUCUGGGUUAAAGUGUGCAAUCCAGAAAAGGAUGCAACACACUGUGAAAAGGAAAAGUCAAAGUUACGUAUCCGUGCUAAACCAUCUCUCUUUCAGCAUAUGGGAAUUUUUUCAUCAUUGGCUGGGAAGAUACAGAAUUUGAAAGAUAAAGAUUUUGGAAAAAAUCAGCUACAUAAAGCACAUAAUAAUCCACCUGCAGAAGUGGACACAAGCCUAAGAACAUACCAGCAAUACACCUUGGAAAAAAUUUAUAAAGGACAAGACUGUUUUUGGGCUUUAGCUCCAGUGGCAGGCGACUACAUCAGGUUCACAUUUUUAAAUCCACUAGAAGUUGAAAAGUACUUGUUCAGAAGUGGAAACAUGGAGCACCCUGGUGAUAAACUGUUUAACACUACUGUGGAAGUGCUGCCUGCUAAUGAAACGCUAAGAAAAGAAUUGGUUGAUAAUGGAAGUAAAUUUAACUAUCCAGCAACCAAAGAUGGAUAUUUAAAAAUAGGGGCUUUUGAAAAUGGCACUGCAGAAGGCAGCAUCAAUCAGGCAAUAGGAAGAAUAAAGGCUAUUCGUUUAUCAGUCAGCUCUGAUUCUCCAGUCUGGGCAAUACUGAGUGAGGUACUUAUCAAGACAUCUGAAAACUGAAAAAUAUACCUUUUUGACGUGUCACUUGUUAUGUAUUUCUUGAAAACAAGGCUGACUAAAACAAAACAAAACAAACAAAACAAAACAAACAAAACAAAACAAAAAUACUGUGUCAAAAGAUCAAUUUCAUACCCAUUUAGUUAUUAAUACUAUGUAUUAGGAAAGAGUUGAGAUAAAUCUUAUAUUUUUAUAUGACAAGGUAUAUGAAAAGAAUGUUAGUAAUUUCUAGAAACUUCUUGUGUAAUAUGUCAUAUAUAAAAAUCUCACCUUAGUUUGACAACAUUAAAUAGAUAUUAUUAAAAACAAUUGAUAAGGCAUUACAGCCUGCCUCAGGGACUAAAACAUAAAGAAGAAGUUUCACCAGAAUUAAAAAUAACAGACAUUUUUGAAAAAUAUUAAGGACAAAGCGUUCAACUCCAUUAAAAACACUGGUCAAUUUUGCAGGGAAAUCAGAACUGAAGGAAAAAUUGUCAAUAUUCAUUACAAGUAUUUAAAGCAGUUCAAAGGAACAACUUAAUGUUAUGAAAAUUGAUCUCAGUAUAAAUGUGUUUCAGCCUUAAUGUAGCAUAAGUUAUGUUAAAUAUUUUUUAAAAUGAAAAUUGCCUACAAAUUAUCAUUUGAAUAACUUGAAACUUAAAUAGGUUUGGUUUUUUUUGAAGAUUGUAAAACUUCUCAGUGAAUUGUGCAUUGAAUUAAUUACAGGAAAGAAGAGUAUUAUGUGUAACUAUAUUUUUGUAAAAAGAAAAUCUAUUUAAAUAAAAUUUUGGAUCCUGGAAUUAGAUAA